AUUUUUACGACGGACCUGCACACCAAACGUACUGCAUUUAACUUCAAUUUAUAUGUAUAUCUGGGGCCGAUUACGAGGCGUAUGCUUUGUGCGAGAAUCAUUGGAGAAAUAAACACACGGCAACCGUCGCUCGGACGUCAGUUCAUUAUACACCGCGACCAACGAUAUUAUGAUCUUGCGUUCGUAAAUCAUUACGAGUUUUAAUUCAAGUUAUGUUUUCCACACGAAAUAAGUAGAUGUCAGUUGAGUGUAAAGUGUGCAAAACAACAUUGUGAACAUCGCGACUGGUUAUUAAUAUCAGGAACAUCUAGUUAUUACUUGAAUAUUUCUUCAAAAUGUUUCCAAUGUCACCUGUGGCAAUAAUUCUAAUUGUGAUGACAAUGCCGAUAUCGCUCGUGCAAAGUGACUGCCGGAAAACAUUCUUCUACCAUCCGAAAUAUAAUUACGGUUAUGAAAUCGUCUGCACGCGAACAUCUAGCUUGGAAUUAUCAACAACUAUGGCCAACAACGCUAUUUCAUUAAAUAUUGUCAACUCCAACAUCACCUUCGAAAGUGACGCCUUUAAACAAUUGGGGAAUUUAAGAACUCUAUCGUUAAACAACAACCGAAUUAAACAAAUUCAAGAUCUUUCAAUAUGCAAUCUUAAAAAUUUACGAGAAUUGCACCUGGGAAAUAAUUUGAUUACAGAGCUGAAAAAUGACGACAUUAAUUGUUUGAAACAAUUGGAAGUUUUAAAUCUGAGUGGUAAUGCUUUGACCAAAUUACAUGGCAUCGCAUCGACAAGUUUAAAAUAUUUAAACGUGCCAUCGAAUCAAAUUGUUCACAUCGAAAAGAUCGAUGCGCCUAAUCUAACCACGUUAGACCUGAGCGCAAACAAGUUGACAAACGUCAGCGCUAACGACUUCAAAGGUUUAAACAGUUUACAGAAAGUAGAUUUGAGCAGGAAUAAUUUGUCCAGUGUGAUUGUCACAAACAAAAUGUUAAUGUACUUGGAUUUGAGUCAUAACAGAAUUGAAAGUAUACCAAAACUUAAUCUCAAUGGAUUGGCAAAUAUAAAUUUAAGUUUUAAUAAUAUUUCUCAAAUUAAUAUUUCUGAUAUGUCAGGGAUGAAAGGUUUAGAACAUUUGGAAAUCAGCAGUAAUAAUUUGUCUUACGUUGAUCGUCAGAGUUUCGCUGAAAUGGUUAAUAUUACUGUUCUAAACUUAAGUCAAAAUAAUUUAAGUAAUAUGACAUUGUUGUGCAAAAAUUCAACACUAUCGGUGUUUAAUAUAAGCCACAACAACUUUAAUGUGAUUUCUAAUGAUUGGUUUACGAAUCUCACAAAACUAAAACAUUUUGACAUAUCUUUUAAUAAAUUGAAAUCAUUGAAUGAUUCUACUUUCAAGACGUUAGAGAAUUUAGAAACGCUCAAUAUGUCUUACAAUGCGUUAACACAAUUAAGUUACAAAUUAUUAGAACCUCUAGAAAAUUUGAUUAUCUUGGAUGUUGAUAAUAAUUUGUUGCAAGAACUUGACUACGGUUCAAUUGUGAGUGAGUUGCCAAACUUGGACGCUUUUAAAGUGAAGAAUAAUUUGUUAACUUGUGAAUUUUUAACCAAAAUGAUUCAUUAUUUUAAAGAUAAUGAUAUUACUUUUUCCCUAAAUGAGCAUUUGGAUUAUGAUAAGGAGAAUGUUGAAGGUAUUUAUUGUAAAGAGACACGAAAUAAGUUGUUGGACAUGAAGAAAACUCAAGAAGCAUUGCAGAAUAACACGAAAAUGUUGAAUGCUUUGUAUGCGAUGUAUAGUCACGAUGCUGCCGGAAUUACAAUGCAUGGAAGUGCGUUUGAAGAUGUUCACAGUUACACACUUUCGGGUGGUGAAAUUAUUACAUGUAUCCUAUCUCUCAUUAGUUUAGUAGUUGUUGUCACAUUAGCAAUACAGAGAGCUAUGUUGUGGCAUCGUAGAAAGAACUAUUUAGUGGACGAAUUGGAAUUGAUUACAAACGAGCCGUAUAAGAGACUCGGAUAAAAUGAUAAGUGAUUUUUUUACUGUGAAUUACCAAGUAACUUAUCUUAUAUUCUAUUUAUAUUACACCUAAUUGUUAUGCUACUGUUUUAUGUGCUCUUUUGCCAAAAAUAAAUAUUUUAAGAA